UCCUCGGCCUCCUCUUCUCCUCCUCUCUUCUCCCCCAUACACUCUUUUACCGCUCUCAUGCUGGUGCAGGCUCACUCCCUGGCUGCCCGGCCAACAGCCGUCGAGCUCUGUCUCAUGUUCUUCGUCGCCCUCGGCUCCCUCACCUACGGUUACUCCUCCUCCAUUAUCUCCACCACGCGCGGGCAGCCCUCCUUCAACUCCUACUUCUCCCUCGACACCGCCUCAAACGCGACCCAGCUUAAUGGCGCUAUGGACGGCCUUUUCCAGGCCGGUGGCUUGUUUGGCGCGCUUACCGUUAGCUAUCUCGCAGAUACCUUCGGCCGGCGGAAAUGUAUCGUCCUCGGCUCGCUGCUGUGCGUCAUAGGUAGCGCGCUCCAGGCGGGCUCGGUCCACGUCGCCAUGUUCAUCGCAGUGCGCUUCAUCACCGGCUUUGGCGUUGGCCAACUUCUUACCUCUGUCCCCAUGUACCAGUCCGAGCUUUCGCGGCCUUACUCGCGAGGCCUCACCGUUGGCACUCACGGCGUCAUGAUCGUCAUCGGCUACACUCUCUCCUCCUGGGUCGGCGUGGGCUUCUACUACGUCGACGCCGGUGGUGCGCAGUGGCGCGUGCCGCUGGCAAUCCAAGCGGUGUUUCCGCUCAUUCUUGGAGUGUUUGUCAUGUUCCUACCCGAGUCGCCGCGCUGGCUGCUGAUGCAAGACCGCUCCGACGACGCGCAGGCAAUCAUCCUACGCGUCCACCGCGACAGCGCCGACCCGGACCAUCGCGCUGCAAAGCUCGAGUUUCUGCAAAUGGAGCAGCAGUGGCAACUUGAGCGCAGCUCAUCUGUCAGCUGGACUGACGCCUUCAAAAAGCCGCAUUACCGCAAACGCAUGAUUAUCGGAUUCUGCACCCUCGCCGCGGGCCAGGCUACCGGCACAUUAGUGAUCAACAACUACGGCCCGACGCUGUACGCCGACCUCGGCUUCAGCUCUGCAAACUCGCUCAUCAUCCAAGGCGGCUGGAUCACGCUUUCUGUGAUUGGAAACUCAGUCAAUGCGCUCACUAUCGACUGGCUCGGUAGAAAGAAGCAGCUGCUGAUCGGCCUGGCGGGCUGCACACUCGCGCUCAUCGGCGAGUGUGUCUCGCUCUCGACGUAUGAGCGCACAGGCGGCCGCGGCGCGUCGAUUGCCGCCGUCGUGUUUUUGUUCCUGCACGUUUUCAUCUACGGGCUCAACAUGGACGUGACCUCGUACGUGUACUCGUCCGAAAUCAUGCCGAACCAGCUGCGCGCAAAGGGCGUCUCUUUCAGCAUGUGCGGUCUCUUCCUCAGCACGAUCGUGUACCUCGAGGCCGCAAGCACCGCGUUUGCAAAUAUCGGGUGGAAAUACUACCUCGUCUUCAUCUGCAUGUCGGUCUUUUUCUUUUUCUUGAUUCUCUUCUACUUCCCAGAGACUAAGGACAUGUCGCUCGAGGAGAUGGCCACCGUCUUUGGCGACGAGGUCACCGAUAUCAAUCUUCACAAGACCGAUACCGACGAAUACCAGAUGGAGGAGAAAAAUGAGUGUCUCGAGUCUGUACGGACCUUUGAAGCUGUCUAAUAUGCAAUCUUUGCUUAACCUUGCUUUAUCUUCCUGUAUUUAUUUAUCCCACAUCCUAUCUAUUAUGCUGUUA